GGGCCGAGAUGGCAUAUGUUGCCCCCCCCCCCCCUUUCCUGUCGUCCCUGAUCGGGGCCUGAUGCCAAAGGUAGUGUACGUGGGGAACACGCUCUUCCCGUGAAUCGUGUGUCCGAAUCUGCAAGCGCUGGAUUGGAUGCCAUGUGCCCAUGUCUGGCCAGCUCUGACUGGCUUCCCAGGUGUGAUGUCGAAGGACCAAAUGCAAGAACCUGCAUGUCGGUGCAUGCGUGGUUUGCAACCUCUCCCUACGUGACCCUCCUCCCACCUGCACCACCUGCUGCUGGUGCUGCCAUCGCGAACGCGGCUGGCUCGAUGGCGACCGCAGCUUUGAGCCCGGCAGUAUUUAUGACUGGAGGUCCCAUGAUUUGGGACGAGCGACGUCCCCCUUCUCGGUUGCUCCAGGGCGAGCAAGACUUCUUCGAGUUUGAUAUCUGUGAUUCAACGCGACGUACCGAUUUUCUCCCGGCAACGCAUUCCGGGCUUUCGGCAGCGCAUUAUUGGCCUGCCGAAUCGAGUGGCUCCCCGAGAUCCGAGCCGACUGCCAGAGCGGCACCAUGGCAGAGCGAAAUCCAGAGGGGCCAAACCCACUGGCAACGAUUGCGUACUGCCAUUUCGAUCAGCAUGUCGUACGAGUCGCAAUGACGGACCGCGGCGCUUCCAGAAAAUUAGCCCUGGUGCAAUUGGUGACAUGCAGCUUUAGUGCUUUAUUGGAGUGGUCCCCAAGCGGCGAGUCCAAGAGCAGCUAAGCGGGAUUACCCCCAUGUUUCCCGCUGCCCAGCACCAUUAAUUUCGUCAGCAAACUGUGGGAGGCUACACAAAAGGUAGACCGUUGGAGCAUUGCGUCGGAUGUUGUCCUGGAUUCGGCCUGGUGUUGGCCACCGUUUCCUUGUCAGGCCGCUGCUCUUUGCUGUUCGGGAUCGAAGCUGAGAGAAAGACAGGCGCUGCCCAAGUUGCUACUGAAAGAUUUUGUUGAUUUUUGUGCGAUGGGAUGAUGACUUCAUGGCUGCUGCAAACACUUUGGUCCCCGAUCAUCAGCUGUAGAAUACUGUGCAGACAGGUAGCUUUACUAUCUUGGACAACUGCUCAUGUCAGGUGUUAACGGCGUGAAGUCGGGGACAUGUCCGUAACCUGGUUCCC